UACGUCAACGAAGAAGACGAGACUCAAGCCGGAAGUGUAUGGUCAUCUGUCCCAUGUGUUGCUGUUUCCAAGUUCAUUCAUUUUGUAAAGUUAAACUAAAAAUAACAAACUUUUAGCUUUUUUUACGAAAUGCGUACGGAAUUGUAUUUAUAGAAGGACGACAAAACCUCUGUUGUGUGGGCUCAAAUACACUAUUAGGAAACAGCACCACUAGCUAACGCUAGCGAAAACCCGCACCACUUCAUCUGGAUGAAAAGUGCAGUGGAUACCAGCAUGAUCAAGGAAAACCGCUGGAACAUCCCCCCUAAUGCUCCUGCAUGCAUGGAGAAGCAUCUGUGUUCGGCCCAGUACAGAGCAGAUGGCACCCUGCUGCUUGGUGCCUCCAGUCUCAGUGGCAGGAGCUGGCAGGGGUCUGUUUGGAUCUACAGUGAUCCUGAGCAGGCCCCCAAUGAAGGAUUCUGCAAAGCUGGUGUGCAGACUGAGGCUGGGGUCACAGAUGUCCAAUGGUUAUCAGAAAAGGGUGUUGUUGUGGCAUCAGACUCAGGUGCGCUGGAGCUCUGGGAGUUGGCGGAGGAUGAACGGCUGCUGGUGAAUCGCUUCACCAAACAUGAGCAUGACCACAUAGUUACCACAGUGAGUCCCAUGUGUGGAGCAAAUGGAGCUGUUACUGGCAGCAUGGACUGUAGAAUUAAAGUCUGGGAUCUCAGUGAGGAAAGUGUAAUCACAACCUACAAUGCUCACACCCAGUCACUCACUUGUGUGGCCUGCAGUCCUACAGAUGAGUCUCUCUUCAUCUCUUGUGGACAAGAUGGCCGUGUGUUAAUGUGGGACAGAAGGAAGCCAAACAAACCAGCAUCACGAAUAGAUUUAGAGUCCCCCAGCUGCGCGCCCACCACUGCAACCUGGCACCCGCACCACAGAAGCACUGUUGCUUUUGGUGAUGAGCUUGGUAGGGUCACUGUGAAGGACUUCCUUGGAACAGAACCUGCUCAAGUGGAGAAGGUUCAUAGUCGCAGGAUUAACAAGCUUGCCUUCUCCACGCAUAGUGUCCCUUUGCUAGCCUCUGUUAGUGAUGACUGUUCCGUUGCUGUCGUAAACUCUGAACUGCGGGAAAUACUAAGAGAUAGGCGACACCAGGACUUUGUCAAGGGUGUCAGCUGGCUGCAGGGAGGCUCCAACACCGUGACGACCGUCGGUUGGGAUCAUGUUGUGCUUCAUCACACAGUGGGUUCAGCGGCUGCUACUCCCAACUCCACCCCUUAGAUCCAACACAGUGUCACACCUUGAUAAAAAUACUAUGCCCCCUCAUUUUUGAAGGGAGUCUGUGCAGAUUAAGUUACAUCACAUUUGUCCGUGAGAUAUGGAUUAGUGUUUUUGAUGUUAGUACUCAAAGAUAUGGUCAAUAUUUCAUUGUUUGCUGUUUUUACUCUGGCCCUGAUGCAAUAUUCUCUUUUCAUCUCUAACCUACUGUACUGCAUUUACAUUCAAGUCAAUUUUUUUGGGAUCAUUUUACAUUAAAGGUAACUUAAUGUUGUAAUAGCCAAGGCA